AGGAUGUGUAAGAAACACGACCGACUUCUGGAGCUCUUCUGCCAGACUGAACAGGUGUGUGUGUGUCUGUUGUGCACAGUGACAGACCACAAGUCCCAUCCUGUUGUACCUCUAAAGGAGGAAUAUGAAGUGAAGACGGCCCAGCUGGGGAAGACGGUGACUGACGUUCCGCAAAAGAUCCAGGAGAGAAAACAAAAGAUUAAGGAGAUCAAAGACACAUUGGAACUGAGCAACAAAGACGCAGACAGAGAGAUAGCCCAUGGUGGGCAGGUCUUCACUGCUCUGAUAGGCUGUGUUGAAAAGGGCCGGGAUGAAUUCAACCAAACGGUUAAAGAGAAACUGAAAUACACAGUGAAACGAGCUGAAGACCUCAUCAAAGACCUGGAGCAGGAAAUAGAAGAUCUGACCAAUAGAAGCUCAGAGGUGAAGCGGCUCUCACACACUGAAGACCACCUCCACUUCCUCCAGACCUUCAGAUCCCUGAAGGAUCCUCCACCCACCAGGGACUGGACCACGGUGGAGGUCCGUCCUCCGUCAUACGUAGGGACCUUGAGGAGAUCCCUGGAUCAGCUGGAGGAGACACUGAACAUGGAGAUGAAGAAGCUGCGUGAUGCUGAACUGAAGAGGAUCCAGAAGUAUGAAGUAGAUGUGACUCUGGAUCCUGAUACAGCUCAUCACAGACUCAUCCUGUCUGAGGAUGGGAAACAAGUACAUGAUGGAGGUGUGAGGAAGAAACUCCCAUACAACCCUGAGAGAUUUAGAUACAAUACAUUUGUUCUCACGAGGCAGAGCUUCUCCUCAGGGAGAUUUUACUUUGAGGUCCAGGUUAAAGACAAGACUGCAUGGUUGUUAGGAGUGGCCAGAGAGUCCAUCAACAGAAAAGGUCUGACCAGGAGGACCCCUGAGACGGGUUACUGGACUCUGGACUACGACAAGGAUGCGUUCAUGUUUAAUGAUAACCCUUCUGUCCGUCUCCCUCGGAGAGCUGAGCUCCAGAAGGUGGGGGUGUUUGUUGAUUAUGAUGAGGGUCUGGUCUCCUUCUAUGAUGUGGAAGCCAGGGUUCAUAUCUACUCUGCUACUGGCUGCACCUUCACUGAGCCUCUCUGUCCAAUCCUCGGUCCAUGGUUCAACUCUGCCCCCCUGAUCAUCUCACCUGUCAAUCAAACAGAGUAGGACCUUUGUUUGAUAAUAAAAUAAUCAAACGACCAAAACUACUAAUGUUGUUUCCUGAAUUAGAAUAGAAUUAGAAUCUCUACUAUGUGAGAUCUGGGAGAUCUGCAUUAAUGUCAUACUGCUGUCAUUUAACGAAGAGAAUAUUUGUAAGAAUUAACCCUGCAGUUGUGUUAUAUAACCCUUUAUAAAGGGUUAUAUUACACUCCAUUUAUGUGUCUGUUUUUCCUUUAUUUAUUUUACAUGUUUAAAGAUAUAAAAUUGGUUGCAGUUAUGUAGAACAUGUUUAGAGGAUUAACAUGUAUAUAUAAUAAAAUAUUUAACAAUUCUAUUGGUUUUCAUUUCUGAUUAUGUAAUGACCAAACAAUUCAAU